UUCCCACAAUGCACAGCGAAACAGCCACGUAAACGUAAACCAUCGUAGCAUCAGCGCUGCCUGCGGCUUGCCUAGCUGCCUCAGCUUCCUGUAUAGCUACACCUUCCAGAUGUGCAGAUGAUGAUGCAGGACGCAUUUCCCAGGCCUUCAGCGAGACUGCCAGAGCUGUAAGAUGUCGAUGGUGUUGUUUGCCUCUGUGGUCCGAGUCGGGGACGGCCUGCCUCUCUCAGCAUCCACUGAUUAUGAGCAGGACAAAGAGCUUCAGGAAACAAAGAGGCUCCUCAAAGGUCUCUCCAAGAAACUCGGCCAGUUUCCUGACCGCUGCACACUUAGGACUGGACCAUACAACAUCAAUUUUAUGAGCUCGCUGGGCGUUGGAUACCUGAUGGUAUGCACUGCAAGUUAUCCCAAUGUUUUGGCCUUCUGCUUCCUGGAUGAGCUACAGAAGGAGUUUAUUGUCACCUAUGACACCAAGCGGAUCGAGAGUGCCAUGCGGCCCUACUCCUUCAUCGAAUUUGACACCUUCAUCCAGAAGACCAAACAGCGCUACAAUAACCCUCGUUCCCUGUCCACCAAGAUCAACCUGGCUGACAUGCAGACAGAGAUCAAGCUGCGACCGCCCUACCAGCUCUCCCCUGAGGACCUGCGGGCUAUCAAUGGAUUCUCAGUGCACGCACCUUCAAAGUACAAGGGCAUCGCUCCCACGCAGAUGCUGGAGCCGGUGACUCUCCCGGGAAUCGUAUCCUGUGUGCUGAGCAUCCUCUGUGGGGGGCUGAACCUGCUGCGAGGGGUCCACGCUAUAGAGAGCAUACUGCAGAAUGAUGAUGAAGACUUUAAUUACGUGAUUGCCUUCUUCCUCGGCACAGCGGCCUGUCUGUAUCAGUGCUACCUGUUUGCCUACUUCUCAGUCUGGAGGAACAGCAAGUCCUUCCUGGCCUUUGCACUCAUCUGUCUUUCCAACAUGUAUUUGUACGAAUUGAGGAACAUCUGGCAGAUCCUCUUUCACGUGGCGGUGGGCGCCUUCAUGACCCUGCAGAUCAGACUGAGGCAACCGCUCGGCAAAGCACCGGACUACAAUGUCUGACAAAAAAAGAUCUGAAACUCAAAGGAUAAAUGGACCUGUAGUCUGAAAAUACUGGAAACAAAAUAGAGACAAACAACAAAAAACCAAGCAUCUCGAUUCAGUGAGAAAAGCCAAAAGCGAUCUCGCAGCAGCGCGGUAGCCCUGUUCAAUAAACCCCAGCAGCUGUGAACAGAUCUCAGUUUGGACUCUGCUGCAGCUUGAAUCAUUUAUGGGCCUUCCUGGGAAGCCACUGCCCGAUAACAAUUUUCGACUUCCUUUCAGUGCAUCCAUCCCACCUGCAGGACGGAUGCAGUUUUGCUCCCUCUGCAAGCACCAAGUAUUGAAAGCGACGCCACUCGCUGCCAAAUGCACCGGCUAAACAAUCACAUGAACUUCAGUUACUUGUUCAGUUAUUUUUCAUCUUCUAUGUAAACCCACUGGUUCUCCAUCAGGUGCACGACUGGUUUCAGUCAUGGUUUAAACCUAUGCAACGCUGCCUUCUGCACGUGUGUGUCCUCGUAUCUUAUUUCGUAAGUGUUUGUCACCGUUUAGACCAUUCUGCGUAUUUAUUUACCGACUGAUUUCUCUGACGAAGAAUUCUCCAGAUUUUAUGAAUUUUGCUUGGUGAUCGCUCCACUUUUAUGUACACUUGUGUCUUUUUUUAGUCGCAAAGUAGCUCCUGUUUCAGCCGACGCAAACAGGCUGUUUGCAUUCGUACCCUACUUCCUCGCCUACACAGCCUCAAGCAUAUGCCAGUGUCAAGUGACUGUGUUAAUAAACAGGUCUGUGUUGGCAGCGGUAUAGAUGCAUAGCUGCGUUGUCAAAGCCAGAGGCGGCCUGUAUCAUCUGAACAGCCUCUGGCCUGUUUUUUUUAUUUUCCCCUCCCACCGAGCCCCUCAGUUCAGACUUGGCUGCCAUUUCUAAAAACAAAAACAAGAAGGAAAAAAAGCAAAAACUCAUCUUUCACAUUUAGGAUAUUGGCAGUGUUCACAUUUAACACGAUUAUGACACAAAGAUGCCAUAUUUAUCGUCAUCGGGGAUUUAUGGAGUGAUUUCCCGGCGUUCCUGCAUCAUCCCAACAACUAACAGCAAACAAAACGAGAAGGGGAGAGAAUCGAGUCGUGUUUUUCUUUUUUCUCUCCAUGAGCAGUUUCAGUCGUGCCGAGGCUGUCAUGACGUUUUUCUUUUUUAAUUUACAUUUUUUAUUUAUUUUGGAUGAUCCCUGUCUCACAGGAAGAAGUGAAAAAUGAAUCAGAGCAUAGACGCGUACGCAGCUUUGCUUUCACGUCCAUCUGGCAUCUGCACUAUUGUUCUGUCCAGAGACUGCUGUAACACUUCAUUCUCGUGUGAUUCAUCAUCUGAAUGUUCUCUGCUUUCCAGCAUCGGGUGCCACACCUACAUGACCUAAUAGCUCCUUUUUUUUUACCCUACGGCUCAGACUUGAUUGGAACUGAAAUGUGAUUCGCAAACUUCUAGAUUGUUCAGAUGUUUUCCACAGCAGUUACAGUAAACGUGUUGUGUGGGUGUGUGCUGUAAAAUAGGAAACUUGAAAGUCAAAGAUUUAAGUAAUCCAAGUGUGGAACAUGAAUGUGAUCAUUUACAGGUCUUUAAAUGGAAUUUUCUAAUCUAAACUUUGAAUUUAUUUGACACUAGAGACCUGUUAUGAUUAGAAUACAAAAUCUUGUUAAAUGUUAAAGUUAUGAAAUGUGGAAAACAUUGAUUUGAUUUGAUGGGGUAAAUGUGUUGGAACGCUAGUUUUAAGCCAGUUGUAGUAGCUCCAUAUUGGCCAUUUUUGUGUGUGUUGCACGUGCACAUCAUGAUGUGAUCUGGUCCUCAAUUUGAAACAUGUGAGCAAAGCUGUGGAACACCGAACAUUAAAAAACAUUUCCAUUA